AUGGCCGAGACGGGAGAGCUCCUGUCGCGAUCAAGAUCACGGUCUAGCGACCACAAUGAACGUCUCGAACCACAGUUGCUACGUGCGGCGGAGAACGACGAUGUGGACAGACUUCGCCAGAUCAUCGAUUCGGCGAAGACCAAGGGCCAGUUGAGCGAAAAUUUCCUUCGAAUCGGCCUUGUGCGAAGUUCCGAGAAGGGGAAGAUUGGUGCUACCCAAUACCUUCUUGCUGCAGGAGCUCAACCUGAUGGAUCAACUGGAAACAGACUGUCUCCGUUAAUGAAAGCGGUCGAGAGGAAUAACAUUGGCAUCGUACAUCUGCUCCUAGAGCAUGGCGCAGACCCGGAAACGAGGGACAAAAAGGGGCGCACAGCGUUGAUGACUGCAGCUUGGAUGAAUUACUGGCAUAUUCUUAAUUCGUUGAUUAUUAGAGGUGGUGAUGUUAAUGCGAAGGACGCUCGAGGACGAAAUGUGCUGCACAAUUUAGCAGCAGACAAACAGUGCAAUUGGGGAGACUCAGUAAUUGAGCUUUUGCUGAAGGAGAAUAUACAUAUCGAUGGGGAAGAGGGGCAAGACAACCUCGGGAGAUCAGUCCUCCACUGGGCUUCCGCGACCGGGAAAACGCACCUUGCUGAGCUUCUCCUGACGAGGUCCAGAAUACCAAGAGCGAACGUACAUGCGGUUGAGAUACGGGGAAAGACAAGUCUACAUCUGGGUGCAGCGCAUGGUUGGAUUGAUAUUGUGGAAUUGCUUCUGAAAAGUGGUGCAGAUGUCACAGCGAGGAGCGAUGGAGGAUGGACACCACUUCAUAAUGCUUGUGAACUUGGAUCUGAGAAGAUUGUACGAAUUUUGAUUGAGGCUGGGUCUGAUAUAAAUGUGAAGCUUCUCAAUGGCAUGACUCCACUGCACCUGGCAUCACAAGGCGGACAUCUAGCCGUUGUUCAAUGUCUUUUGGAACGUAAAGAUAUCAAGAAAACAGUUAGGGAUACAUUCGGAAGCACACCAUUUUUACGAGCUGCUCAAAAUAGGCACAAGGAUAUUGUCGGUCUGCUGGCACCUUUUAAUCACAUGGAAAGCAUAUCCGAGGAUGCUCUGGGGGCCAGUAACGGUUUCAAUGCAACGGUUGUCGAUUUCGGGAAUUUUCACAACGAGAAUCGCGUCAAGAGACCAACAGUGUAUGAGCUGUUGUUACGGUCGUGA